UGCGCCGCGUCACCGCGAGCGAAGAGGGUGCGAGAGAGGGCGCGCGGAGCCCAACUGGAUGGUGGUUCCCACGAAGACCGCUCCGUUUAGAGAGGCGAAGGAGGUCAGGCCUCUUCUUGAUACCCAGAGAAAGAGUUACCUGGGCUCCCACCGCCUCCAUCGUUCUCCUCGCUGCGUGUAUCAGGUGUCCAGAAUGCAACAGGAUCUGUCCUCUCUGCGCUGUGACUGAGGAGGAGAAGUGAUGCCUCAAGACGAUAGCUGCUGGAGAGUUUGCAGCAGGGGCUUUUACAGCUGCCACUGGAAGGAACCCAGUGACAAUAAGAGAAAACACGCAUGCUGUUGGUUCUCAGUUGUCACUCUGGCCUCCCUGCUCUCCCUGUGCUGGAUGUACAUUUGUCUGGUUACUUUUAAUGACCGAGAUGAUGUUAACUGGCAAGGCUUCACAAAGCUGAAACGGUGGGUGAACUGGUUCAUGGUGGUGAUCAUCAUUUCUGCAGUGUUAACCAGCUACUGCGUUCUGCUGCUGCUCUUUGCUCUGUUCCAAGUUGCCUUACGAGAACCGCUCGACUUACACUGGCUGCACAAGAUCUUUUUAGUUCUAGGUGUGAUAUUCAUCACUUUAGGGGUCACAGGCUUUAGUCUCCAGUGGAGGCAAGAAUGGCCAACUCUUCCUCUCUCGCUCCUGGCCACAGGUCCUUUCUUGCAGUUUGGUGCUGCUGGGGCGUUAAUCCUGCUGAGCCCUUUCAUCUUCAGGGGCAUCCACAUGGCCCCAGGAAAGCGGUCGAAGUUCCUCAUCACAGCGGUAUUUUUAGUGGUAUCAGUGGCAAUCUUCCUGUGUCCCCUGUUCAUCUGGUCUCCUUGUCUGAUAGAGCUGCAUUUGCCUGAAAAACCGAAGCUCAUUGGCCACCGAGGUGCACCGAUGCUGGCCCCGGAGAACACCAUGAUGUCCUUCAACAGGAGCAUUGCGUGCGGCGUGACAGCCUUUGAGACGGACGUACAGCUCAGCAAAGACAGAAUUCCCUUCUUGAUGCAUGACCAUAACCCUGGGUUCUUGCUGAGAACGACAAACGUUAAAGAGAAGUUCCCCGACAAAGACUUCAGCCAUGGCACCAACCUGACCUGGGAGGAGUUACAGAGUCUGAAUGCAGGCGAAUGGUUCCUAAAGACAGAUCCUUUCCAUUCAGUAUUUGAGCUCUCACAAGAGGAGACAGAAACAGCCAGGAAUCAGACCAUACCCUCCUUACUACAGCUCCUCAACCUCGCCAAGCUGCACAACAUCUCGCUGAUAUUUGACCUUUAUAGUCCUGACAAGGACAAUGACACAGAGGACACAGUCGACACCAUCUUGAGAUCUGGUAUUGACCCGAGCCAGGUCCUCUGGCUUCCUCCAGUAAAAAGAGAAUAUGUAAGGAAAACUGCUCCAGGCUUCAUCCAGGUCUACAACGAUAGUGAGAUGCUUAAAGAAAAAGGGGGAAACUACCUGAAUGUGAAAUACAGCAAGUUGAGUAUGGAAGAUAUCAGCAACAACAGGAAGGCGGGUGUUAGAGUGAACAUGUGGGUGGUUAAUGAGCGUUGGCUGUUCUCCCUGCUGUGGUGUGCAGGGGUCAGCUCUGUUACCACCAACUCCUGCCACCUCCUAAAAGACAUGGACCGUCCUGACUGGUUCAUGUCGCUGGAGACAUACAAAAUAAUAUGGAUUACAGUGGACAUUGCAUCUAUUGUGAUUAUGAUUGGACUCUACAUAUUUCAGUGGAAAACACACUGCUCCUGUCAGAGAAAAGGGACGAAGAAGCAAAGAAACAACACUUCAGCCAGGAACGAGAAAGAACUGUCUUGCUUCUUGCCGACUAGCUCACCAGACUGCAGCAGGAGAUCUGUCCUCCCCAAAACUGAUGUACGUCUGUGUCUGAACUGCACGAAUGGUUUGGACCUAGAUUAGGAGGAAAAAAAGUUAAUGUGAAUAACCAUGCACUGGAUUCCCAAGCCAUGAAAAAAAGGGUAUGAUAAUGAUGUGACUUAAAUAUUGUCACAAUGCUACUGGAUGGCAGUUUUACAUUCUGUCUUUUGUGUAACUUUAGCGAGGUAACUGGGUUUAUAUAUGUUUUACGUGGUUUUGAUCAGUCUUCUGUUGCUACUGAAAAUAGGGAGCUUUUCUCUGAUUGUAUCACUGUAAAGUGCACUGCACUGGAUUUCCUCUUGGCACUUUAUGUCACUGUGUUUUUUUUUCUUCUGUUGUUGCUGUUUGUUACAAAACUUUUCAUUGUGUCACCACUUCAGGAAAGAUGUGUAUAUAUUGUAACCUGAGCCAAAAGCAGUGCAGCUAUUUUAUA